AUGGCUGCUUCCGAUGUCGCUGCUACCCCCGGCGUUCAGACCGGCAAGGUAAAGUGGUUCAACAGCACCAAGGGCUUCGGGUUCAUUACUCCCGAUGAUGGCGGAGAGGAGCUUUUCGUCCACCAGACGAGCAUCAAGGCGGAGGGCUUCCGCAGCCUCGACGAGAACGAGGUCGUUGAGUUCACCAUCGAGACCAGCGAGGACGGCCGCACCAAGGCCGUUAACGUUACCGGCCCGGCUGGCUCCUACGUGAAGGGCGCUCCCAGGCGCGACGGCUACGGCGGCGGUGGCGGCCGCUUCGGCGGCGGCGGCUUCGGCGGCCGUGGCGGUGGACGCUUCGGCGGCGGCCGCGGCGGCGGACGGUUCGGCGGCGGACCCGGUGCGUGCUACAACUGCAACAUGCCCGGGCACCUUGCCCGCGACUGCCCCACGCCCGGCAUGGGCGGCGGCGCCGGUAGCGGUGCUCCCCGUACUUGCUACACGUGCAACCAGCCCGGCCACAUCGCCCUGAGCUACCAUGACUGUCAACCUGGUAACGGCGGGCGGAAUGGAGGAACGUAUCUCUGUCCUUACGGUACCAACCGCGAGGAAGGGCAGCGCCCGUCCGGUACCACCCGGCGGGAAGGGGAGCGCCCUUCUGGUACCACCCGGGGGGAAGGGGAGCGCCCGUGCGGUGCCACCCGCGGGGAAGGGGAGCGCCCUUCCGGUGCCACCCGCGGGGAAGGGGAGCGCACUUCUGGCACCACCCGCGGGGAAGGGGAGCGCCCCUCCUGUGCUACCCGGGGGGAAGAAGAACGACUCAACACCUUUGUCGUGCUCUUCCCGCGAGGGCUCGUUUGGGAGGGCUCCACGUGGUUUGAGUCGACUCGGAAGGCACCGGCAAGCCCGCCGUCAGGGAGAACGUGGGCUCCCGCUCUCCGUCCCGCUCUCCGUCCCGCUCUCCGUCCCGCUCUCCGUCCCGCUCUCCGUCCCGCUCUCCGUCCCGCUCAUCUUUCUCGUCGCGUCAGGCCUUCUUCCACUCCUGCCUCCACGUGGUUUGAGUCGACUCAGAAGGCACUGGCAUGUCCGCCGUUCGGUAGAACGAGGACUGUCGCUCUCCCUCGCGCUCGUCCUUCUCGUCGCGUCAGGCCUGCUCCCACGUAA